ACUGAGUGUCACAUCACCUAUAAGCAUGAAUAUAAUCACCAUACUUGUGUGUGCUCUUGUAAAUCAGGCUGCAAGCCAAACUAAUGAAUUCAAUCUUACAGAUAUGUCUCCUGCGAGGAUCCUGGUCCAGCAGAAAACUAUAAGCGAGAGCAGUGACCUGUAUGCAACCUGCAGCACAUUUGGAUUUAAGAAACAAAUCAUGGUUUACGUUUAUUUAUGUAAGGAUGACCGUCUAUACGAGAAAAUCCAGCAGAAGUCAGAUCAAUAUGAUACCAUGUUCACCAUAUCCAGUGUUGGUCUAAAUGUGAGUGGAAACUACAGCUGUGUUUACUCCACAAAUGAAUAUCUGCCUGACCAAGUAGCCAAGAGAGGAGAAAACAUAAUUCAGAUUCAGGUUAUAGCCAAUUUUCUCCCUGCAGAUAUUUCAGUAGCUGGGCUGUCCACUCUCGGUGAAGGAGACAAUGUUACGCUCAGAUGUACGCUUUCUGUCCCCCCGCUAACGCUUGGUGACUGUAAAUUCAUUCAGUCUUACCUGACAAGGAAUGGGAACAUCCUUCAAGUUCAACCAUUUAAUGUCAUGGAGAUGGAGGCAACUUUCACCAUCGAAGGUGCCAUCUUGAGGGAUUCGGGUCAUUACAGCUGUGUGGUGCUGCCAUCUAAAUGCAUCCAAGAGCAUCAGAAAAUACUUGACGGAAAUAACUCAGUAUUUGUCGAGGUCAGAGAGAGUUUGUUUCUCCGAUUGCUUGUCUCUUGUGGAAUGACAUUCAUCUUGUUGUUACUGGGCCUGUGUCUGUGGUGCGUCAAAAAACAAGGUUACCCAGCUUUGGGCAAUCAAAAAGAGUCAAGUCAACAGGCAAAUGCAAUCACGUUGGCGGUACAGCAGGAGCAGACAGAGCGAGAGGCGCUGGAAGCACAAUAUGGAGACUCUUUCAGCUCGGAGGAGACCGAAGGGUAUCAGAACGCUGUGUCUGCUGAGGAGGGAGUGUAUUCUUGUGCAGAUGAUCUACCUGUGAGAACAAGAACAGAGUGUCUAUAUGCCAUGCCUGACAAAACGACCCCAUGCUCCCCUGAUCCUACUUUCAGUUAAAUGCAUAUCUGCAAUGCACCCCUGUUUUGUUCUCUGUCACAUUUAAUGAAAGCAAGACCAUGUUAAUAUUUGGAAUAUAUUAGAGUAGGUGUUUCUGCCAUUUUGUAUAAUUACAGUUUGUUUUCCACAAUGAACAUAAUG